UUUCAGAAGUUUUUCAAAAGCUCCAAGAGAAUGUUUUCAUUCUUUACAUAUUUCCUUCUCUCCGCACUUCUUCUCUCCGCUUCAUGUCGACAACCUUCCAUGGACACCAGCAAAGCCGAUCGUAUUCUACGAGAGAUCGAAAUGGAAACAGAACUCGAAAAUCAACUCUCCCGAGCACGACGAGUCCCAGCUGGAGAGGUUCGUGCCUGUGGAAGACGACUUCUUCUCUUUGUCUGGUCAACCUGUGGAGAACCAUGCACGCCACAAGAGGACAUGGACAUUGCCACAGUUUGCUGCACAACACAGUGCACUCCAUCAUAUAUAAAACAAGCUUGCUGCCCAGAAAAGUAAAAACAGUCGUCCAACAAGCCAUCUCCGUCGUCAAAUAAUUUUCAAUAGAGUCUAGAUUUUCUCCAUUCACAAACUUUCCAUUUUAAUUUCCAUGUGCAACCAAUUCCUGCUCUCAAAGUUCCAGGCUUCUCCUACAAUCAAUCUUCAAAAGAUCUCUUUCAUCCCGUUACAGUAACUUGUUUUCAAAAUGAUCUCACUAUUUAUUUUUCUGCAAUAAAACUUUUUGAAUAAAAU